AUGGUCGAGAAAGGGGCACAGUACUCGUACUGUACCAGGUGGUCAGUGAUAGUCAGCCACUGCGAUAUUCGUAUUGGAUACCAGCCUAAUCGAUUGAUCACUCUAGCGAAAGUGGAACGUCGUAGAAACCCUAAUCUCCAUCUCAGUGCAAGAAAGGAGGGCUCACCCGAGCUGCAGCCGCAAGGCGCAGCUCAAGGUAAUACAUCACGCGUUGCUCCGUUUCCUAUUAGCAACCAUGGAUGGGUACCUCCAAGCACUAGAGGUCGUCGAGUGGAACAACCCGUGCUCGAUGUAAAUUUGAUACGCAGACGCAUUCAGGGUAUUCUGAAUAAGCUUACCCCCGACAAUUUCGAUCGACUGGCCAACCAAUUAGUUCAUGUCGGGAUUAAGAAUAAAGAGAUUUUAAGUAUCGUCAUCAAGCUUAUCUAUGAUAAAGCAACAUCAGAAACUAAAUAUUGCUCCCUGUAUGCAAGGCUAUGUGGCAGAUUAUCAGAAGAUGCACCGAAAUUCGACGAGAAGUCCGAUUCCAAUUCAUUCCGCAAGCUUCUUCUACAUAUCUGCGAGAAUGAAUUCCAUAGCAGAACGAAAGCCAGUUCUGCCUUUGACAGUAUGGCAGGCGACUUGACAGCGGAAGAAGAAGAGGCCAGAACGCUUGCUAAGAGGCGUGUACUGGGUAACAUCAAAUUUAUCGGUGAACUUGGGAAGUUAAAGAUUUUAGAUAAUAAGAUUCUCUAUGAUUGUAUUAAAAUGUUGGUUGUGAAGGGAAAGCCAGACCUAGUUGAAUUAAGUGAACAGUUGGAAUGUUUAUGCGAAUUAAUGAAAACUUGUGGGCGACAAAUUGACACAGAUAAAGCUUCGGAUUGGAUGGAUGACUGCUUCAAAUACAUGGAGAAAAAAAUGAAAAAUAAAAAGUUACCACCCAGAACAAGAUUUAUGCUGCAAAAUAUUAUUGAAGUUAGACAGAACAAGUGGGUUCCCCGUAAAUGUAUGACAGAAAAUGGCCCCAAAAGUAUCAGUGAAAUUAGACAAGAAGCAGGAAUGAGACCAUCUAGGAUACUCCAAAAGGGCCUACACGAUGGUCGAGAAAGUAGGCCACAGCCUGACAUUUUUAGUCAGAGAAGGACGGAUUUUGAUCCAUAUUUCCAUAUGCAUGAGAUAUAUUUCCGUCGUGAUCCCGGUCAUGGAAAUCAUGAUAUUAGUAACAUGAUGCAAAAUCCAAGAUUUCAUCCAUCUGUUGUCGCAGAAAAUUUUUAUAUGGACCCAUCCUAUCCUGGAGGAUUCCCACCGUUUAACAAUCCUAUGGCUAAUCACAAUCACAAUGCUUUCAUGAAUGCUCAAAAGCAGAAUCAACUACACCGUCCACCACAACCUCAAAUUACUCUUGUUUCCGCAGAUGAUAUUCGCCCUUCGAAACCUCUCCAGAAAGAAUUCCGUCUUGAGAAUGACGCUAACAUUAGCCUACGUCCUUCAGAUAAUUCUAUGUUGGUGUCACUGGCAUCAUCGCAGAAAAAUCAACGCAAAACCGCUACACAACCAAAUAAAGUGGGGCCGCUGAUUAGUUUAAGUAAAUUGAAUUUGACCCCAGAGAAGCCUCGAUCCAAAAAAAGUGGCAAAUCAGCAGUAUUAAGCAGAGAGGACUAUCGCAACAAAGUGAUGCAAUUGAUACAACUAAGAAAAUUUUACACUGCAUGUGACAUUAGAUACAUCGAUUUGUUAAUAUCCUGUAUUCUCGAGUAUGGUCGAGAUAAAGACGUGGCUGAGCGUAAGCGACUUAUGCAAUUAGUCGUUCAUUUAUCUAAUGAAGGCUUAAUUUCCAAAGAAGAUUUCUUCAAAGCAAUUAAACAAUAUUUACAAAAUAUUCAAAAGAAUGAUGACGAAGCAAAUACAGUCAAGGAUAGCGCAGCUGACUAUAUUGGAGAACUUAUGUUUUUAAAGUGGCUUGGAACAUCUGAGAGCUUAAAACAAAUCGCUGAAAUCACUCAUGUUUCGUUUGUUAUCGCCAUUUUCAAAUGGUUGGAGCGCCGAGUGAACAAGGAUUACGUGGUGGAAAUCUAUGAAGACUCUAAAAUUGACCUCCUAUUGCUGAUACCCGAUCCAGAUAAUCGAACUAUGGAUCAUCUAAUGGAGCUGUUACAAGAAAAGGAUCUCGGAUAUUUGUAUCCUUUGCAAAAAGUAGAGAUGGAACUUCUCCAAAAGAUCCGAGAAGAUCCGAAUUCAACUGUUGUCUUUAGGUGGAUCAAGCAAACCGUUGACCCUAGUCUCUACACAAGUGAUGAUUUCGUGCUCGGUUUAUCAACGUGCAUAUUGAAAUACGUAACUGAAAACAGCACCUUGCCGAAAAAUUAUGAUAAAUCUGUUCAACCAGAGAAACCUUUGGUAGAGAAGGAGAAGGAACUUAUGCAAGGACUUAAGGGCUUAUUGCAUCAAUUUGUACAUGACAAGAUCAAUUUGCAGAUGAUUGUCAUCUAUGCUCUGCAAGUAUUUUGUUACUCGCGUACAUUCCCAAAAGAUCUUAUGCAGAGGAUGUUCAACAUUCUAUAUGAGGAAGAAUUAUGCGAGGAAGAAGCCUUUCUGAAAUGGAAAGAAGACCUUAACGAUAAGUACCCUGGCAAAGGAGAGGCUCUAUUUAAAGUAAAUCAAUGGUUGACAUGGCUAGAGACUGCCGAGUCAGAAGAUAGCGCAUCGGAUUCCGAUUGACGAAACAUCGCACCUUAACUGAAAGCUAUUCGUUACGUAGUUUGAUUUAGAUUUUAAUACAAUUAUUACGGUUUGAAUGCGAUAAUAGGAUAAAGUCUCUGUUGCUAUUCUGUUUCAACUCCUUACCUUACCUUUGGAAUUUCCCUUCUUCAUAAUUGUUAUUCGUGUUGUGAUAGCAAUUUAACUAAUGUCUUGAUGCGUAUAUUUUAUUAUACUUACAUACCGGAAGCUAUAUUAUCCGAAGGCAAUAGCGUGCCAAUAUAGUGAUAUUGAAUAGCCAAUGCGCAAUUCGACAUCAAAAAAUUGUCGAAUCCAUUUAGCUAAAUUUGAUAAAUGCGUUAUUUACAUGGCAACUCAUAAUAAUGUCAGUUGAUGUUCUGUUCAUGAAUCUUCUAUUCUGUAUACUUAGUUUAAUUCUGUAAUUGUUCUAUUUCAUGAUACAUGUUUGGUCUUACAUUUCCUGCAAAAAUGUCUGUAAAAAUUUUCCUUAACUCAUCUCGUUGACUAUUUAUACCUUAGUAGUAUCGUGUAUACACCACAUAUAAACAGCGACAUUAGUCUAUCUUUAAGGCAACAUUAACCAGUGAUAAUUUGUUUCGUCCUCAGACUACUAAUCCUAAUCUGAUUACCAUGAAUAAAUGGAAUUAUACGACUUUCUCGACUUGACCAGGGGUGAUUACAACAUUUAUCG